AUGAACAUUUCGAUCAACGGCUUUCCCAAAGCUCCCGCGGUAAGCCCUUUAAAGCCAUCGUCAUCUGGAGCCGCUUUUGCGAGCGCGCUGUCCGAUGCGACUUCCUCGGUGAAGGCGCCGUCGGGGGAUCGGGCCGAGAUUUCCUCAGCCGCCGUCGCGCUGUCGGAACAGUCCUCUGACACCACCGCCGUUGUCGAUGAGGCUUCCUGGACGCGUCUCAUGCAAAUGCCGGAGGGUGAAAGGAAAGCGGCGGUUGCCAAGCAAGCUGAUGCAAUCAGCAGAGCCCAAGGACUCCCAUCUGGGAAAUACGACUACGAGCACAUGUCGCUCGGGCAGCUGUCCGUUGUCAGGGCGAAUAUGGUUCAAAACCUCGGUUACACGUCGGAGCAGCUCUCUGCGACGUGGAGCGUCAGUUUGCAGAAGGCAGACGGUGGAACGUCUUUCGGAAGCCCUGUUGACUGGACAACGCCCCGGAACGUGCUCAGCGAAUUGAGCCGCGAUCACAAUCGGUUGGUGGUCGGCCGGGUAUCGGGCCGACGGAGCUGGGCGGACGCGGAGAAGCUGGAGAUCCUGGCCGAGGCGUUCCGGCCGGGCGUGCGGGUCCGUGAUGUCAUCGCCCGGCGCGAGGUGUCGAGCAGCCUGAUCUAUACGUGGCGCAAGCAGGCGCGGCUGGGCAAGCUGGGCGGGGUCGCGCCUGCGCUGCCGGCAUUCGCCGAGGUGCGCGUGGCCGAUGUCGCCGCACCUGCGCCGCAGCCGGCGACAUCCACGUCCGGCCUCAUCUGCAUCGAAUUUCCGGGUGGCGUCCGAGUGAGCGUGGACGGGUCGGUGGACGCCGGCGCGCUGGCGCGAGUGUUGUCGGUGCUGCGUUGA